GGAGAGCGAAGGGGGAGGUGCCUAUUCCGGUCGCGAGGGGGUUUCCUGGUCGCAGCAGGCAGCGCUAAUACAACUAUACUUUCCCACAAUGUUUGGUGGCUAUGAUGAUGUAGAAGCGUUUGAAGAUGAAAUUUACUGUGAAGAGAGCUCCAGUGACUCAAGUGUUGACAGUGAAAUAGAAUUUCAUCUUUACAGCCAAGUGCAUUAUGCUCAGGCUCUUGCAGAUGUCAGCGGACAAGAAGGAACUGAAGAAGCUGGACCUCUAGAGAAGCAGAUUCAGAGUUCAGGGAGUAAACAGGAUCAGAAAGAUAACUUUGUAGUAAUUUCAGAUAGCGAGGUCAUUCAGAUUUCAGAUAGUCCUGAUAUCUUCAUCUUGUCUGAUACACCUGAUGAAGAUAGUGUUUACAAAAGCAAACUCCUGAAGCUAACAACCCCAGAGUCUCCACCUGAGUCCAUUUCAGUGAAACCAACUAAAGAUUCUUCUCAGACUACCUUGAAGUCAAAGAGACCGCCUACAGAGAUUUCAAGAAAAGAGAAAAGAAUUCAGAAGUCUGUCUCUUUUCACCGUGAUGGUGUUCACAUGAUCCACAAGAUCCUAGUAAUAGAGGACAGCUCCAGUGAUGAGGAUGGAGAUGCGGCAAGCACAGUCUCUGAAAGUGAUGAUGUGGAGAGCUGGAUGUUGUUGGGAGGUGCCAGAGAUGACACAGACAAAAGCAUCCUCUUAAACCUUAAGGGCUGUGGAAUGUCAGCCACAGAAGGAGAUGGUGGAACAGACUGGACCAUCAGUGAUAAAGAUUUAGAGGCACAGAUUGAUAACUAUGUAACUAUGCGUCGUAGCAACAGAUACUAUAUGCCAGACAAAAAUGUCACUUGCAGAAAUUGUGAUAAAAGAGGACACCUGUCAAAAAAUUGUCCUACUCCAAAGAAAAUUCCACCAUGUUGUCUGUGUGCAGAAAGGGGACACCUACAAAAUAACUGCCCUGCACGAUUUUGUUUUAAUUGCUGUUUGCCUGGACACUACUCAAGAGAAUGCCUAGAGAGAACUUACUGGAGUAAACAUUGUAACCGCUGUGCUAUGAGAGGCCAUUACGCAGACGCUUGCCCAGAAAUAUGGAGGCAGUAUCACCUAACAACCAGACCAGGACCACUCAAGAAGGCCAGUUCUUUUUCAGAACAUUCUGCUCCAGUCUACUGUUACAACUGUUCAAGGAAAGGCCAUUAUGGCUAUGAAUGCUCAGAGAAGCGGAUGUUUGGAGGGACAUUCCCUACUUUUCCCUUUAUCUAUUACUAUGAUAAUGAGUAUGAUAUCAAGAGGAGCAUUCAAAAAGCAAAGAAAAAAGUGCAAGAACUUCAGGAAGCUGGCCUUCUUCCCAUCGCAUGGAAGAAAGCACACAUGGAUGAAAGCCAGAAAGUGCACGCUCAUAAGAAAAAGGCGAAACUGUUGAAAGAACUCAACAAAACAGUGGGUAAACAUCGCAAAAAGCUCAAGAAGUUGUCCCAGGCAGACAGACUCAAAGGAAGGAAGCACAAGAAAGAUGCCCAAAGCCACCCCAACAUAGAGGAGAACUUUCCCAGAGGAGGUUGCUUGAAGUCUCUGAAGUGGAGCAAAAAACACGGCGCUCACCGUGAUCUUUCUGCAAAUGGAGACAAACCAGAAAUCACUGAGGCUUCCUUGGAGGCAGCAAAAAAACGAAAGAAAAAGAAAAAACAGAACUACUCAGUCAGUAGCCCCUCCAGGGAUGAAAGUUUAUUUCUUAUAAAACAGAGAAAAAAGAAAUCAAAACAGAGAUCUAGUUACUGAUCUGAUUGCAAGACAGUAGCUUGGGGAGUGGGUAGGGCUUAGUUUGAGGCGAGGCUUUGACCCCUCCCACCCUGUCCCUGUUAUGGAUGUGGAACUUCAGACCGUCUAAGUGAAGGCUGGGAUGCAGAGAAGCAGAGGGCAUCUUGGUCUGUGAUAGCGAUUAAUACGUUUGUCAGUACGGAUGUGUUUUCUGAGGCAUCUGUAUUUGGAUUGAAGGUGUGUGCGGUUUGGGAUGGGUGUGAGUGGCAAGGCGGAAAGCAAAAGGGGGAAAUGAGUUCUCCUGUAUUUCAUACAGGCUUAUUACGAACUCUAGUGUUCACAACAGCACCAAGCACAUGCAGUUUGUUUGCAUCUUGGCUUUUAUGGAACAGCUUUUUAAACUAGGGGAAAUUUGCAGAGGGGUGUGGAUACUACAAUACACAAACGGCAGCAGGCGUAUGAGUGGUUCAAUGUUCCUUUCUCCCAGUGUAUGCAGUAGAGAAUGUAGAUUGCCCCCUUUUGCAUGAGAUCCUGCAUUGGGAGUGGCUUCAUUCUUCUGUCACUGUUUAUGAGCCAAGCUUUAUGAAAUGCCUGGAAAUCCAUGAUUUCUCAUGACUUCUUAAGAAAAUUGGCAGGGGGUGGAUUCAGAUUGGCACUAUGGAGCUAGGGGGAAAGGGGAAUUUAACCUUUUCCCCCUUGGACCAUUUUCCUUGAUGCAUCUCUCAUACCCAAGUUCCUAGUUGCUCUGCCAGGGAAAAUAGUGUUUACAUCAGAAUAAAGGUUCAGGAGAAGGAGUUACUCAGUGCACUGUGACCCACCCGCCCUCCCAAUCCAAGUGACUUGGCUGACUAUUUCUAGAAGCACACGGGAGAUUUCUUGGGGCUCUCCUGAAGUCUUUUCUGCUUAAUCCCUCAGGGAAUGUAUGAAACAAGCUUGUGGGAAGGGCUCUGCAAGAAGGUUCUCCUUUUCAUCCUGAUUUCUUUUUCUGUCAUGAUGUUUCUGUCUUAUGCUGAUGGCAUCUUUCUGUCUUGGUCUCCCAAUAUGAAGUUUGACAGACUUCAGAGAAGCAUACUCUGUGGGGGAUGGGGGGGUUCAAUGACUGACGCCAAGUGAGCUCUCUGGCCAGCAGCACAAGCUUCUUUUUUCAGAAAUGAAGGGGUGCAAACACCAGUCAGUCUACCUGGUCCAGUGUGGCUGGAAUUCAGCCUGGUAUUCCUCCUGCCGCUGCAGUUGUCUUUCCAGGAAAAUUAGAACUGGGCCAUGGAUUAAAUGGGGUGGAAUCUUUGCUUGCAUUGGAUAUUAAAUUAUUCCAUGUGUUUAUUCCUAGAAUGUUUCAAAAAUGUUGUUUGGCUGCAGAAGCUUGUAAUGUUGGCACGUACUGCCAAAGGUAGGAAGGUGCUCUGUUGCUAGUGCCAAUGCAGGCUGAAGGCUUCAGAUCUAAAAUACUUUCCAGUAUGCGAAGAGCUUCCUCAGAGCUAAACUAGAUGAGAUGCCUGACAUGAG